UUGGGACAAGGAUGUCAACCCUUCUUGGAAGACUGGAAUUGAAAAAAGCCGCUGCAUCUCCAUGUGCCUGCUUAGAUUUACACAACAAAGGUUGGAGAGCUACUGUGGAACAAACCUUUGUAUUUUUCUCAGGCAUGUCACCACCUUUCUUGAGCCCCCACGGCACAGUGCGGUAGCAAGUUAAAUCAAAACGGCAUUUCUUGACGGCAUGUCUUGCUAUAGCUACCUAGACACAGAAAGCGCGGAGGGGGGAGAAGAUGCACCACCGCAGACAGUGUUGUUUUAUCUUCUUGAGUAGCAAAACGGGAUAGGAACCCUAGAGACACUCCUAGGGCAGCGGCGGGUGGGGCGGGGCGCGGCGCGGCGCGGCACCAUGAUCGGGCUCCGGGGAGGCCCGCAAGCGACCAGCUCCGUCUACGUCUGUAACCUGCCUGCCGGGACCGAUGAGGCGCUGCUGGCAGAGCACUUUGGACAGAUUGGGGUCAUCAAGCGGUGCGUGCAGAAGGACAAGCGGCACGGACGGCCCAAGAUCUGGAUAUACCGUGACAAGGCCAGCAAUGAGCCCAAGGGGGAUGCCACUGUCACUUACGAAGAUCCACAUGCUGCCUCGGCCGCCGUAGAAUGGUUUGACAACAAGGAGUUCCACGGGAACUUGAUUCGAGUUUCCAUUGCCGAGUCCAAGGCGAGAGACGCAGCCACUGAGCAGCAACUCCUGGUGCUUGCGGAGCCCACUCUUCCACUACCACUGCCGCCUGCCGCCCCAGAGGUGGGUGACGGGCUUGGUGGCGCUGGCGAGCUCGCGUCCGAUGCGGCGGCUGAUGGCGGCAGAGGACGUGGACGUGGUGGUGACGCCGCUGCGAGCGCCAAAUGCUGGCAACAGGAAGGGGAUUGGCCAUGUCCAAAUCCAAGGUCUGUUGAACUUGGUGAGCAGCUCAAUCAGCUCUCUCUCUCUGUCUCUGUCUCUGUCUCUGUCUCUGUGCAUGGGAAGUAUAGGUGGCUAUGCAUCCAUCUCUGCGCGCUUGCUGCCUUGCUACUUUCUUAUCCUUUGGCCGUGCCUUGGUCUGCCAGUUGUGGGAACAUAAACUUUGCGUUUCGAGGCUCCUGCAACCGCUGUGGCGCAUCACGGCCGUCGAGUGGGAGUGGAGGGGGUGGAGGUGGGCGUGGCAGAGGACGUGGUGCCGACUCCGCCGGCCGUGGUGGACGCGGCAGUAUUUUCGGCCCAAAUGACUGGAGUUGCCCAAUGUGUGGAAAUACCAACUGGGCCAAACGGACCAAGUGCAACAUUUGUAACACGACCAAGCCAGGCCACACGGAAGGUGGUGUCCGGGAAGGGCGCGCGGGUGGCUACAAAGAGUUCGAUGAAGCCGAAAUUGAAGAGACGAAACGCCGGCGAAAAGAGUUGGAGGAGGACGACGGUGAAAUGUACGACGAGUUUGGCAACCUCAAGAAAAAGUUUCGCCUCAAGUCUAAACAAGGUGAAGCUCCAGGUCAGUCGUUAGGUACCGUUGGCUGGGACAAAGAAGAUCUAGGGUACGUAGAGAUUCGAAGGGACAAACGCAACAAAGAAGAUCACAAUGGCGCUCGCAGCAGUGACGAGGGUCAACGUAGAAGUUACCGAGAAAGGUAUGACAGUGAUAGGUACAAAGAGAGGGAUUACCGUGAGCGCAAUAGAGGCAAAGAUCAGGUGAGAGAGAGACGUGGAAAAUAGAUAUUAUUAAUUUUACAAUGAGGUUCUUAUCGUUUUA